CGCAGGUCGUCACGCGUCGAACACAUUGCCCUAGUUUCGCUCUGGUCCAGUUACUGCUUUGCCAGUGUACAGUGUGAGAAAAGAGACCACCUUUUCCCAUAAGUGGAGUUGGUACCGUGGGGCGAAGAAGGAAAAGGACUAGCGAGGGGCUCGGGUCUUGUAACGGUUUUGUAUUUCUGCGUGGAAGCUUAAGUGCUUAGAGGUCGCCGAAAUGGUGGAAAACUUUGCUCUGUAGUGGCUCUAUUCGAAUUGUUCUCGCCAUCAGUUGACAGUGGUUUGAAUGUGACUUGUAUCUUUCAACGGAUUGCUUUAGAAUUUGGCAAGCUAUCAAAGAUUUCCGAAGGAUAUGUGGAAUGUGAACAACGUGUGAUAUUGAAAAUUCAGAUUAAGGGUUCACUGCGAAUCGGAUAAAUUGGGGAAUUUCCAUGUGUGCUUUUCUUACUUUGUGAGUUUAAAUUUGUGAACAGAAUCAACAGAAUCGCAACAAUUUCAGUGAUGAUGAGCAUCCGUUUGUAUCCGUGGUGAAGAUUUGCGGUUUUUGUGGCAACCGAGAAAGCGUCUUCAAAGCAGAAUCUGGGUUCGACUUGUUAGGCGCUAAAAGCCAAUCAAUUUCAUACAUAUUGCGUAAUUUAUGUUGGAGUGGAAAAUCGAACCCCAUCCUUCUUCUUUCGCAUUUCCAACGAAUUAAGAGAUUAAUUAGAGACGCGUGUUGUAAUGUGUUCGUUGAUGUUGUUUGAACUACGUGUUGAAACUCGGAUCGUUAGCUGAGCAAAAAUCAAGUUUAAAAUUAGGAUUACCUAGACGUUACAGAUCUGGGGAUUUGUGAAAAUUUUCCAACGAAGUGCUACCACAACCCGAAGCGGAUUCGUGUUUGUUCGAGAUAAUCAUCGGAAGAUGCUCACUCGGUGGCAGGAUCUGGUUCAACCGAAGCACAAACCGUAACUUUUCUAGGCCAGAGCCAGACACCGAAGAUUGCAGAAAAUUUUUCCCGCAUUCAGUCGAGCAACCUGACUCUGCCGAGUCAAACGGCCAUAAAAGUAUUAGUUUCACAUAUUGUGACUACGAGCAGGUGCAAUUAGAUGUGAUUUAAAGCAACCGGCACGAUUACAAAGAUAACGGUUAAAAAUGGGCACCCCCUUCUAAAACGCAAAGUAUAAAAUUAAUUUCCCCACCCAUCGACGAACAUUGUCUUGCGUGGAUCUUGGGUUCGGAAUGCUGCAGAGGUGAUAGGAACCCAGGGAUGUGUGUGCAAGAGUCCACAAUGUGAUGUGAUCGCUGCUAUCAACCUGCCAACCUGACAACCACCCACCCGUGUUCUCACUGGCAUCGAAUUAACAGCUCCAGCCGCCACUGUCAAUCCGUGGGGAUCGGAUGGUAAAAUAAAAUACAGCGUAAAAUCUCCAUUUUCUUGAUUAAAUUUAGUGAUGUGUUUUUCAACCGCCCCCAACCGACGGAGGUCCACAAACGGACGGAACCGGUCCCGCGAAGAGUGAUUGCAUCCGACCGUGAGCCGUACGUACAGGUGAAUUACGAGUGAGCUGUAGUAAGUGAAAACGAGCGUUCGUCGUUCGGUCGACGAUUGGAUGGGAAAGGCAAAAUAGAGUAAGUCGUGUCCGUUCCAUUUCGAUGAGUGAGUGACGGAACGGAGUGAGUAGCAAAUCGAAUUGGUAGUGCAGUCUACGACCAUCGGAGGAAAGGAUUCAGCAGAAAGUGAACGGAGUGGAACGAGUGAAUGUUGGUUUGAGUAAUUUCAUGGAUUUGAAGAAAGAUUAAUUAGCAAACGGCUUGUGUUCUUUGGCAAUCCCGUUCAGACGAAAUUGGAAACGGAUCAUAAAGACGGAGCUCAUCGCAUAGAGGCGAAAUAUCUUGCAACUAGAGCUGUUUUCUUCGAUAGCGCUAAGGAAAAGGGAUACCGUGAGAGGAUUACAGUUACAGUAGCAGUAGCAACAUUUAUCACACAAUGGCUGCCACAAUGAGAUCGGGAGGCCUUCAUCACGCUUCCUCGCUCGGAAACAUAGAAGCAUCUUCGUCACAGUCGAGCGUGAAUCUAGCGGCACGAAGUUACGAUUCCGAGGAUGAAACGAUGGGCCGAAAAAAAGGACGGCCGUUCGACAUUGGGCCUGGCUCCAGGCCACCAAUCUACUCGAAAGGGGACAUCCGUGAACAGUACUGCUUGACAGACCGACAGCUCAGCUCGAUAGAACAGCCACGGAGGGAGCGAUUUUUCGGCUGUUGGUCCGGGCGCAAUGCACCGCCGUCCUUUCUGGGGGUGUGCGUUGGGCGCCGGGCUCCGUCCGACGAGAAUCUCGCCGAUUACGCACCGAUGCAGCGAUAUCCCAGAUACAUCCAACCGGGACCAAUUACCAAAUCUAUCCUGCAGCAGUACGAUGAUGAGCUUGACAAUCCGUAUUUUCGGCGAAAACCAACAUCAUUUUUGGCGGGAAGCGGCGGUGGCAGCGGUUCAAUGGUUACCGGAAGCAGUGCCACCCUACCGACGGGAGAUACAAGGCGUAGCACCUGGAUGCCUAUGGACGACGAUGCAGUUCGGAUAGAGGGCCCGAGAAGACCACCCUCGCUCCCUCUUCCAACUAUCUCUGUUUCGCCUUUUCUUCUGAACCAACUUAGAAUCUGCAAUCAGCAACAGCUACAACAACAACAACAACAACAACAUCCAACUGAAGUCGACCACUCUCACAGUCCGAGUUCCAUCGGACCGAACUCGCCAUUCAUUGUCGGUAGCCCACUGCUGACAUACCCUUCGGCGAAUGAGACAGCCUAUUUGAGCCACAGCACCGAACAUCUAACCGGACUGUACAGAUGUCCAGCACACACGGACCAGCCUCCGGUGCCAACGACACCACCUCCGCCACCGCCACCACCACCGCAAGCCGCGGCCGCAGUCAACAUUGGCCUUAUCGAUAGCAUGGCAGGCGGACCACCAAGGACCAAGCAUGUCAGCUUUGCUCGAUCGUACACGUUGACAUCCUUCGAUGAAGCCAUGGGUGGUCGACCCCGUUUAGCGGCUGCUCGAAGCCAAGAAAGACUGAUAGGCGGUAAGAAACCUACGAUAACACUGUCGCAACAGCAACCGACCGCACAGUUCGGAACGCCCAUGCAUUCGAUCCUUCAGCAACCCAACCAUCAGCCACUUCUAGCCCAGCAGCUCCAACAGCAGCAACAUCAGCAGCAUCAGCAACAGCAAAUGGUGGGCCAACCGCAGCCACCCUCCAUUCAUCAGCACAUUCACACCCAUCAGCACCUUCAACAUCUUCAACCGGUCCAUCCUGGCCAGCUCAUUAGUCAGCAUCAGCAUCAACAUCAGCACCAACAUCAUCACCCGAUGGUCGCAUCACAAUCCCAACAGCUUCAUCCACCGUCCGGUACUGGCCAGCUCCUGAUUCCACCUUUAGCACCAGUUGGAGUAGCAGGCUCUCAGCAGGAGGUCCUAGUGGUAGAGAAAAUAAAACGAAGUGCCAUGAAAACACAAGCCACUCAAACUGAGGUUUAUUUGGGCAAGAAAGCGGCACCCCAUCAACUUUCGUUGAGUCCCCGAACGAUUCAUAGGGUGCGAAUGGUUUCCCAAGGAGCGCAAACAAAUGGCGGCCUGAACGGACGGAAGCUGACGAAAAGCCUUUCCGAAGCGGCGGAUCGAGUGCAGGAGAACGGCAUCGAUGGAACGCAGGAUGAACCAAAGACUCCCACAGAACAUGAGAUACUUCAUCGGACUCAAUCCGAAGAACCACCAAAAUCGCCAUUUAUCAUCACCUCACCGCCAUCCAAAUCACCGCUCAUGCAACAUUUCGAAAUGCCUUCGCGAACGCCAUCUCAGCUGAGCCACUCGGAGACUUCGCGCAGUGACACGUAUCCGCUAGAUAACGUUUUGACCCACUCUAGGAAUCACUCGCAGGACAGUGCAACGUCGUGUCGGUCAACCGAUGGAUCCCGUUCGUCCUACGAAACCAGUUCCUAUCCGUACGAGAUGUACGACAGUAUCGUUAUUCCACGCCGAGGAAGUCACACUCUUUCGACUGAACCGUACCAAGUGCUUCGCCGGGACAUCGAACAGGUUCACUACCAUGGCCACGAGAAUGGCUACACAUUUGAGUCACACAGCCUCCCAAGGCGAGUCUGCAUCCAUCACAAACCGGAAGAAUUCCAUACUCACACAUUGCCACGUCGCGAUCAUCAUCCGCAUUAUCAUCACGAGAUCAUCUUCAAGGAUCAGCUCAAACUUCCUCCCCAGGAGGUUCUGAUCUCCAAUGGUAGCGUUAACCAGAAUAUCCAUUCUUUCGACAGCAACAGUCUCAAUAGACGAAUGUCUGCUCAUGUGACGGUACACCAAGACAAGCAAAGCCAACAGCGGAGGGCUUCCUAUGCGUACGUCGAUCCAAACACCCACACCCUCACCAGACGAAACUCCAUAACCCACCAACAAGUUCAAAAAGUUCAACCGAUGAUCCAAGCUCAACAAUACCAACAACCUCAAAAGCAACCCCAGGUCCAAGCUCAACAGCAGCAACCUCAAUUUCAACCUCUCGUCAAACCUCAACCACCAAUCUAUUCCCAACCGUCGCACCCACCACCACCUUGUCCGAUCACUCCACCUAACAUCCAACCGAUGGACAUGCAGGACGACACCAAAUCAUCCUCGGACGAAAGCUGUUCCACCUGUGAUUCUGAGAGCGAAAAAGACAACAAGGAGGAGGAAGAAAUUUUCAUUGAUUUCAAACCCCGAGUGUCGCCCGUUCCAUCGCCGAACGUGGUGAAAAAGAAAAAACUUCAGAAGACUCUCUCCGAAGGGGAAAUCCUACUAGAUCGAAAGAAGACAUCGGUAGCUCUCAUUUCGGCUAGCGAAGAAGAUUUAAAAUCUCCCGGCGGGGUCCUUCAGCAGGACACUAAUCUAGAGUUCAGCGAAACACCAAUCAAAGACGAAGGAGUAUUCAUUGGCAGUCUGGCAAAUUCGGAUCGCAAAAAGGAAUCGUUCCGCAAACGCUCGAUAAGUCUGGAUGAACGAACCAGCACGGAGGAGGAAAAAGGACUGCUGGAGGAACUGGAAGCCGAUUCCAAAGACGAUAAAAUAAUAACAGCUCCUCCGUCGCCUUCGAGAGAGGAAAAACUUUCGAUCAAAUCGCACUCCCCAUUCCAUUCGUCGGAAUCGUUGGCCACGCGGGACAACUCUGACGGAAUUUGGAACGAAUCGCAAACCACCAUUAUGACACCAAGUCUCACCGAUAACGGGAAAUUAACCCCGACGUCCAGAAGGAAGAAUUUACUGUUGCAGCAUCAACAGCGCAGUUCGAUGGACACCGAUGCACUGGAUAUGGAGGACAUUGCCGAUCAGCCGCUACCCCCAUUGCCGGUCACCGCGGUUUCGCUGCAAAGCAUUUCCACCACAGUGUCAACGUGCAUCCUGACCGUGGCAUCCCAGCUUCCAGCGACCGCAUCACAAUCAGCGUGCAGCCUCGUGAACGCGACGGCGACGACGACGACGACGACGGCGAUGACUGGCAUUGUGAAACCGACGCCCUCCAUCGCCGUUAUUCCAUCACUUAGCAUGGAACGGGAGGAACGUGAGCUGCAGCAGCAACAGCAGCAGCAGCAGCGGCAAAUGCAGCAAAAGACUGCCACCCUCAGGCGCCCAUCGAGACCACUGUCGCCUUCGAAACGACGUGCCAGCGAGCAAAAGAAGCUAUCCAAGAUCGAACCACUUAUUCACCGCUCCCCGGAUAGCAUCGACCGCAUCGAGUCGCCUAUUAAUGCUUCGGCGGUGCCACCCGAUCUGGUAAAGCCUUGCGCUUCAACACCCACCAACGCUGUUCCACCGGUGGGGCUCUGCUCCAAUCGUCUCCAGCAGGCCAACCCAACGGCUCGUUUCGAACAGGCCAAACUGAAAGGGCUCGACGAUAGAGAUUUGCUGGGGGACGGUGGAGCCGGUUCCGAAGGAAGCACCACCGAAGAUUACGCCACCUGUACUGACAAUUCGAAACGUACCGGUUCCGGGCAUACCGCUAGCGGAGGAGCUGCCAAAGGUAUAUUUAAAACCACCCACGUCAUUAGACCAACAACCAAACAAGUAACAGCCAACGUAACCCAGGAGGGUUCGUCUUUCGAAAGUGCCUCCUCGCUGUACAGCCUGGCACGGGUUGAUGCAAUCUGUGAGGACACACCACCAAUCGAGGAACAUUCGUCGGCCCCUCAGAUUCCACCACUGCCGCGACCUUCGCCAGCCCACUCGGUCAGCAGCAGUUCCAGUGGAAGUUUCAAUAUGACCACCAGUAAGAAAACUUCUCCCUCACGCUCAACGAUACCAAAGUCACUGCCAGGGAAAGUGAAAAUCAAACCGGAAUCGAUUUCCGACGACGAACGCAGUGAGAAGCGAUACUCUUCCUCACACGACGAGAAGGACCUGAAAGGUACAUUGACGCGAUCAGCUCGCCGGGGACGCGAUUGGAAUGAAGAGGAACGACGAAGGAAAAAGAGCACUUUCAAACUGGAAUUCGAUAAGGAUUCCAUCAAAACGUACACAACUCCGAUGCUGAGACAGCCAAGUCCCGGCUUCAAGAAGAUCUCCCCGGAAGACAAGAGCGCUUUGAGUAUUUUGGAUGGAACAAGUCCCAGCAGCAAUCAGAAACGAUUCCGACCUAAAACCAGGAAAUCACCGAGAACGCGCACCUCGACUGGGGAGGAUACGGUCAGCACUCCAAUGCGACGAGUCAAAACAGCACUGAUUAAAAGUCCGGACAAGUCGCAGAUACCGACACUUCCGACUCAAGUCGUCACACCUAAACUGAACCCAACGCAGUACUAUUCACAACUCACGAGUCCACCCGCAAGCAGUUCCCCACGGAAACAGCAGACAAUAUCACCGGAAAAACGCCUAAAAGCUAUCUCUACCGAGUCUUUACGAUCGGUGUCACCCGGCUCGGAUUCCGUAUUUUACAGUGAAGCCGAUGCACUCUCACAAUCCGAACAGCAAAUUCACUGUCAUCACUGCGGCAAGGAAGUAGAGGUCAUCAGUGUUCCCGGAGAAUCGGAAGAAUCAAUCACGGCACUGACACUGGAUUCGACCGAUGGCGAUCGACCGGAUAUCGUACAGCCUCCGGAGGGGUUCGCUGAUUCGCCCGAUUGCACGAAAACUCCUCACCACACGAGACUGUACAAGAAGAUGGACAAGCGAUUUCGUUCCGAAGAUCGACACACCGAUCGGAGACACUACAAACCGAGACAGGAGUACAGAGCGAAGAGUGAAGAACGUGGUGGAAAAGACGACACUGAACAGAACGCUCUUCGACCCGCAGGAUCUUCACCUUGUGUCGCGCCUGUAGGUGGUCCACCAGGUGAUCCACAGACGGAACCAGAACAGGGAAUCUACCACGGCAAUUACAAAGCCGGUGUGUGGAUUUGCAUCGCCGAUCGGGAUGUCUGGAGAAGACAUGAGCUGGGUAGUGACGGGAGCUUCGAUCGGCCUCCGCGUGAUUUGGCUGAACGGCGAGGUUCCACUGAGUCCGAGCGGGAUUUCCGCAAAAAGUAUCAAGCCAUCACACACAGGCUGGUACACCGGAAAUCGUGUGUGGAAAUGUAUCGUAGACAGAAUACCAACAGUUUCGAAACUGACAAAAUGGUUGUGGUCAGUAGGAAAUCCGGAGAAUUCGGGUUCCGGAUACAUGGGUCGAAGCCGGUUGUAGUUUCGGCUAUCGAACCAGACACUCCGGCUGAGACUUCAGGAUUGGAAGUUGGCGAUAUCGUCCUUUCCGUCAAUGGAAUAUCAGUGAUCGAUAAAAGCCACUCGGAAGUGGUGAAGAUCGCUCACGCUGGAAGUGAUACACUGGAACUAGAGGUUGCACGUACGAUCGGUAUUGUUUCACCGCUAGACGACAGUACAACAAAUCCAGCAAUAUAUUCCGGUUUUCUUUGGCGGCACUCUAGCACAACACCCAACAAAUGGAUUCGACGGUGGUUUUCGCUGCGGCCUGAUCACUGUCUGUAUUACUAUAAGUCUGAGUUGGAUAUCCAACCAAUUGGUGCUAUCAUUUUGACAAACCACAAAGUGGAAAGACUGUCCCUGGACGCUGCCGGGCGUCCAUUUGCGUUCUCUGUGCAAACCGAGGAAGGAACGAAAGUUCAACUGGCGGGAGAUACGGACGAAGCUGCAAACCGUUGGAUUGCGAUCAUUAGCCAUGCUGCCCAGCAAAGUGAUCCUUGGCUAGAGAACAGUGCACGGAAUCUACGACUACCUGCUAGUGGAAUACACAAACCAGACUGCGCCGGUCCGUUGACCAAGCUCGGAAGUAAGUGGCGAUCGUGGACCAAACGGCACUGUGUUCUUAAGGAUGCUGUGCUAUACUUUUACCACGAAAUCGGUAGUAAAAAUGCGUUCGGAAUGGCUUGUUUGCAAGGCUACCGAGUGCAACCAUCGUCUGCCGGUGGCAAAAAAUAUGCAUUCGAAAUCGUUCCACCGGAACUGAGCUUGCGUCAUUACUACUUCCACACUGACACGGAAAUGGACAAAAAACGCUGGGUAGCCGCUCUGGAAUACUCGAUAGACCGCUGGAUGAAGGCUGGCUGAAACACAUUGAAACGAUACGAGCAACUCGUAUAGUACUCAUUUAGGCGCAUUCAGAGUGAAAAGCUCUGCGCUUCCGCUUCAUAGUAAACGAUAUGUUCGAUAUAUUUUGUUUUCCUUCCAUUUGGUUCUCACAUCUCUUUGAUCCUCACAGCAGGAAUCAAGGGAAAAACUGUCAACGCUCUUCCGGUGUCCCCGGGAACAUUAUGUUACGUUCGUGUCCGGAAAAUGCACUUCGGACGGUCCCAAUUUAUGCCGGAAUUGGGAGAGCACAGAAAUAAAGUACGACGAUGCCGUUAGCGAAAGUGUCAAAAUUGUAAAUUAUUUGAUGACAUUAAUAGUUUAGGUAAUCUACUAAAUAACAGACUAGAAACUGAAAGUGAUCGUAAAAUGCGUCAUUGUCGAAAUUAAUCCGUAACGUGUACGUUUAGAUGCUCAAAGCGAGUUGUUGUACUAUUUGGUAAGAUUUUUAAACGUUUAUUUUUGUUAGUGCCGAAAUCGCGCUAGUAGGUUUGCAAAUGGAGGAACUGCCUAACGCUGAAAUCGGACGGUAGGCAACGUUUUCAAUCAACGAACUGAAGCAAAAAAUGAAGUGUAGUUGUACUGAUUAAGCCAUAUUUACAAACGAAUAGUGAAGAAAUCAAAAUACAACAAAUUACGCACAUUUCCCAACAAAUUUCGUCAGGCUAGAUGUACCGCGUACCACAGUGAAUGUUACUAGUAUGUAAUGUCGGUGUCAUGUAUUCUAAAACUAUUCGGGAUAGGAGGUUGAUGUCAGCCAAACGUACUCACGGGUAAUUAAGUGUUUGUAGACCGCUGAAGCAAAACUUCGCAAAAAUAGUAUGUUCGCGAAAUUUUGAAGUUCGGAAAGUUAAAUAGGAUUGUCAUCGAACCUUACCCAGUUGGAUUCAAUCCAAAUAGUGAAAUAGAGCUGAACCGAAAAGUUGUCUUAUGUACACAAGUGAAUAUUUUGAGUAAACUUUGUAAACUAGAUGUUAAAAUGAAACAGUCCGAAAUUGUAACAACAAACGAAAAAUGAAUGUUUAGAGCUUCACUGCAUAAUUGUUUAUAUUGAAUCGGAAAUUGUUGAAUAGUUUAUUGAAUAGUUGAUGUUUCAUUUGCGUAUUUCAACCGAUUAACUUUUUGAUUUGGCGAAAACCGAACCAGGUAUAUGAAAUUCAAGGGAUUCAUAUCAAUUUUAGAAACAUAACAUAAGAGCAAUACGAAGCGAAAGGUGAAAUUUGAGUAACUGAUUUGAAAUUAGAUAAUUUCAAUCUCAAUAAUCAAGGACUUUCGUUCUGUGCCAUGAAUCGUGUGCAUUAUUGCACAAACGUAUUCCUUAUUGGUUAUCCUUCGAUUAUCCAUUCUAAUAGCCUAAGAUGCUCACAUUUAACCAUUCGUUUCAUAUCCUAACUGCAUGGAUGCAAGAUAAAUCAAAACACUAAUAAAAAACAUUUCCAAUAAAUCAAGCCAUUGGAGAGCCGAAAUGUACAGUUUUUGUCAGUAAUUUCCAUACAUGUUUGUAAGAAAAUUCAUUUCAGACUGAUAUCGAUACGGGUGUAUUCAAAAUUAGAAAGUCACUCUUUUUUUCAAUAAUUUUUAACACGAAAUCUCUGUCAAAAACUGAUGAAUCGCAAAUUCCGAUUAUAAAAACACAAAACAAAAAUGGAACAAUAAGUGCUUUGGUCUUUGUGACAGGUCUUGUAGUGACAGUUUGCACAGCAAACGCCUUCAUCUAUUUUCCACAAGUUCACGUAUGUUAUCCAGGGUCAUUUAAUUUCCGUAUCAUGCCGAUUUGUAAAAACAAACCUCGUUGCAUUUUGUGGCUCAUCAGCAAUCGCAUCUUUUCAAUUGUUAUCUCGUUGUGAAGUGUAUGAACUGAAUGUAAAAUUUGUAUUUUGGAAUUUAAAUUUUUCCAACACCCAAGAGUUAGUUUCUUUUCCUACUACUUACUGCAAUCAACCGGUAGCGAUGCAAGGUUUCGAGCGUGCAAAUUUUCGACUCAACCGAAAGCGACAAUAACUAAAACGGCGGAUAUCAUCAAUGUUACACUUCUCCUUGAUCCCCUUUCUGACUCGCUCACAAUGUCUAUCGUCGGUAAGAUAGCUCAUUCGCUGAUAUGGUUUCCCACAAACAACUGCUCGGUUCUACGAAUUGUUUGUGGAAUAUUGCUUCCAUUUGAUCCGAAGGUAUCCUUUUGUCCACCAGAACACCACACUGAAAGCCAAAAACGUAAAACAAAUGACCUUAAACGAAUAGACAAAAUUCGAGUUGUUAAUUGCAAAUAGUUUAAAGAGAAAACGAAUAAACAAACCAUUUUUAAAACACCUGCUAAUGACGGAAAUCUAAUAAAUCACUAUGUAAAGAUAGUUAAAUUUUUUUAAAGAAAAUAUAUACCACAGAAAAGAUGUAGAUAUAGUCGAAGCGCUACAUUAGUAAUGAACAUCCAGUUUAGAGUAUUUAUUAGAAUAAAAUAAGAAACAUUUGAAGAGAUUUAGUCCGAUGUUCAAAGUUUUAUUUGGAUGAUAGUCAAAAGAAAAUCAAUAUAAAUCGUAUAUUCCACACAUCCUUAAACUUAACCCGCACUCAUAUAUCUACACAGCAAAAAAAAUAUAUCAAGUAUCGACUAACCGUAAAAUGUAUCGAAUUCAUCCAUCUGAAAAUGGAUAAAAGCUUAAGCCAAUGUUAGUAAUAAACAAUGAGAUCGCGGAUUGAACGAAAUGCAACAGCGGCAAACGACAUUUAGCAAAACAAAAAAAAAAGAAAACAAGAGCAAAUAACGCUCGACCCACUGCCAAUCGAAAUAGAUGAAACCGACGGAUAAGUUUGAAGAAACCCUAAAGAAACACGUCAUGCAGAAAAAAAUUCUCGAUUGUCCGUAAAUUGGGACAAUUCUCUAUAGCAGAACUGGCCGUAAAAGGACAGAACACGGUACGAAAUAGACCAAUUCCUAGUGAACCAAAUGUGAGAUUACAAGAAAUAGACGAUUAAUAAAUACUGA